AUGUGGUCCAUCGACUACCGGCUCGAGUCUGAAGCGCGCCUGGCCACAAUCCUGCCUUCCUCAACAACCGUCGUAAGCAGCCGGGUCCGUAUGAUGCACAGGCAGGUGAACAGCACCAAUCCAGUCAUUCCGAAGACAACAUACGCCCUCCUGAUCGCCUGUCCUAUGGUGUUCAACAAUUUCCCCGCUGACCGGCAAAUCUGUGACAUCAACAUUCAGCACGACACCGUAGAAAGAAACACGGAGACAUCUCGUUACCUGGUCUGGGAAAAAGAAGACGCGAUUCAUGUGUUGCCUUCCUUCAAACACUCUGAAUUUGACAUCGAGGUAAACAAGACGACAUUUCGACAGCACUGGAGCCCCAUGGUUCCCAAGGUUGAGGGGGGUCUAGGACUCCGCCUGCAGCUUACGCGACGCCUCCGAGCGCAGCUACUGCAAACGUACGCUCCCAGCGGCCUUCUGGUGGCGCUCUCCUGGUUGGGUCUAUGGCUACGUGGUCUGGGCGAACGUCUAAGUCUCUGCUGCAUGCUGCUGCUCGCUCUCUGCGCCCAGAUCAGUCAGCUUCGACGGACGUUGCCCCCGUGCACUGGACCCACGGGCGUCGAUGUCUGGAUGUUCUCGUGUCUGGCGUUUGUCUUCGCAGUGCUGGUUGUCUUUGCGGUGAGUCAUAACAUCGAACUGAAGAGAAGCAAGGAAAAUGAGAGACAGGCGCGUGAUCAACGUGGCAAGCGCAAAUAA